AUACAGUACAUAGAGAGUACAAUGCAGUACAAUACAGUGCAUUACUGUGCAAUAGGGUACAUAGACAGUACACUACAGUACAAUACAGUACAUAUACUAUACAAUACAGUACUACACAGUACAUAUACAGUACAAUACAGUACAUAGAGAGUACAAUGCAGUACAAUACAGUACAAUGCUGUACAGAUACAGUAAAAUACAGUACAUAGACAGUACAAUAAGUACAAUGCAGUACAUAGACUGUACAAUACAAUACAUAAUUAGUACAACACAGUACAUAGACUUGCUUGCUCGGACUUCUUGCUUUCUACGAUUUGAAACACUAUCACCUACUUUUUUGAGUUUAAAAUGCUUUAAUAUUUUUUUAUAAUAAUUACUUUAAUACAGACUGCAAACAAAAAGAAAGAAGGAAUAAAACCAUGUUGGGGUCUGGUUAUUACAUUUCUGUUUUCUUCACAAGAACAGAAACACAGUGGACUAGGUAGAUGAGGCCUUUGGGCUGGAUCAGGCUGCGUGAUUUUAUUCUUCUUUUCAGUGUUAAACCCAUCGUUUUUCUUUGUUAUGGUCCCUCAGAAGAUUCAUGUCAGCAUUUUCCUACCGAUGGAAUAAAAUUCUGAAACUUUUUUUUACACGGCAAUUGUGUCUGUUUGUCCCUCAAAUUUUCUAUCUUGAUUGUGUAUUCUCUUCUCUCUUAGUCUUUAUAUUCCACAAUCUUUCUCUCCAGCGGUCUCUCUCACACUCUUUUAAUUGUUUAACGAGGUUGCAACUACUGAGGUAUACAAGUGCUCUUGCCAUGGUAUGUACACACAACACACUCACACACACAGCCCCCCCCCCUCCCUCAGUGUUAUUGUAUCUUGCUGUGUGUGGCUAAUGGGUAGAUAAUAGGAUGUCAUUUCUUGUGAAAUGAGCAGUAAUUCAGAUGAGAAAUAGCACACCUGUGACCAUCUAAAUCCUCAAAAAACAUAUUGUUCAAAAUAACAAGUCCCCCUGUCUCCCUUACUUAUCUUUCUGUGUCAAGCCGUUGCCACUAACAGCAACACUCAGGAGGCCUGCGAUUUAGGUUCUCAGUGUGUCAUCUUGUUGACUCCAUGUAUUCUCUAUGAUCUCUGGUCAUUAUAAAUAACCUCCCUUAUCCUCCACUGGGCCAGAUCAGGGAAGGCUGCUGUCAGACCCAAUGCUGGGAGAUAGAGACUUGUUGUUGACUGCCCAAACAGCUCAAGCUUGUCUUCACCUGACGGAGAACCACUUAGGCUGAUCUGUGCUACAUCUUAGCAGGGAGGAAGUCAGUUAACAGGCUGGAUGUUCAGACACGGAGGAUUUAUGAUCAUAAUCUUCACACUCUUGUAACUCAUCUGUACGUUUGAUCAAUAUCACUGUGCUGUAGCGUUUCAUGUUUUUACCAGUAUAUAGAAACGGCAUUGGGGGUGGUUUUGGUCUGGUCUGGUCAACUUCCUGCCUGCCUGUGUGUCCAGAGGAGCUUCCCCAUGUCCCCCUGGUUCACCUGGCUGACACAGGCCAUUCCCCUGCUACUGCCCUGGCUGGUCAGGGUUGGGGUAGCGAUGGCUCAGGCAACUGUGUGUUCACGGUGGGACCAUUCGGUCGGUCUGGAUGACCUUGGUCUAUCCCAGGAAGGUGAUGUGGUGAUCGGGGCUGUCUUCCCUAUCCAUAACCUCCCCCCUGCUCCAGACCUGAGCUUCAGCCAACACCCUAACCUGCAGUCCUGUGUCAAUUUCCAGGAGGAACCGUUGAGAUGGGUGCAUGCACUGGUGUUUGCAGUGGAUGAGAUUAACCGUAACCCCUUCCUGCUGCCGGGAGUCCGGCUGGGCUACCGUGUCCUGGACAGCUGUGGUCAGCACCCCUGGAGCUUGCGAGGGGCACUGGCCUUGGUGUCAGGGGGGAGCCUUAGAUGUGAAUCUACAGAGCUUUCUAACCUCAAAUCAUGGCCAUCAAGCGACUCCCACGUUCCUCUGCUCAUUGGUGAUGCAUCGUCCACUCAGGCCAUCGUCCUGGCCAGGACCCUGGGGCCCCUCUCUGUGCCUGUGAUCAGUUACCAGGCCAGCUGUGGCUGUCUCAGUGACAGACAGGAGUUCCCUAACUUCUUCAGGACCAUCCCCAGUGAUGUCUACCAGGCCCUCACCAUGGCCCGGCUCACCUGGCUCUUGGGAUGGACCUGGGUCGGGGCUAUCGCUGCAGACAAUGACUACGGUCGUCAGGCCAUACAGGUGUUUGAGGCGGCGGUUCGGGGGACGGGGGUUUGCCUGGCGUUCUUUGAGACCCUCAACCGGGCGAACCUGGUGAGGGAUGUGGAGCGAGCAGCAGACACGGUCCAGGCCUCGACAGCGCGGGUCAUCCUAGUCUUCCUCUGGUACACUGACAUAGGGGCGUUACUCCUGGAGCUGGGGAGAAGAAACGUGACGGACAGGCAGUUCCUGGCCAGUGAGGCAUGGAGCACCAGCGGACAACUGCUACGGAACCCCGCCCUCUUUAACGUCGCUCGGGGCGUCGUGGGUGUGGCUAUCCGUAGUGCACCUAUGCCUGGCUUUGAAGCCCACCUUCGAAGUCUCCACCCCUCUCGUCGCCCCGGAGACGUCCUGUUGAAGGAACUCUGGGAAACGGAGUUUGGGUGUAGCCCUGGAGUAGCACAUGGACACGACACGUCUCUGCUCCCCUCUCCCCUUCCUCCAACCCCCUCGGAGUCACUACCACAUCCCCCUCCUCCCACCUCCAGUUCCUCCCGUAUAAGCCUGGCCUCCUGCAGUGGGGCAGAGACUCUGGAGGUGGUGCAGAGCCCUUUCACAGACACCUCUCAGCUGAGAGUAACCUAUAAUGUGUAUCUGGCUGUGUAUGCUGCAGCCCACGCCCUCCACAGCCUGCUGUCCUGUCCCCAGAGAGACAGCCCUUCCUGGGGUAACAGCUUCACCUGCUCCCCUCCUCACAAGAUCAGCCCAGCAGAGCUGUUGCAGCACCUGAACCAGGUUAACUUCACCACUCCACUUGGGGAGCCGUUUUACUUCCAGGGCGCGGAUGUCCCUGCUGUCUACGACCUUGUGAACUGGCAGGCCACGCCCCAGGGGUUGCUCAAACUUGUCACGAUUGGCCGAGUAGAAGGGUCCAAUAUCCUCAUCGACCAAUCAGCCAUCCAGUGGAACGCAGGAUCUAAUAUGGUGCCUGUGUCAGUGUGCAGUGACAGCUGUUCCCCAGGCACCCGUGUAGCCAGGAAGAAAGGGGAGCCUGUCUGCUGCUUCGACUGCAUCUCCUGUGCUGAGGGAGAGGUCAGCAACACCACAGGCUCUCUACAAUGUGACCGCUGUCCUCUGGAGUUCUGGUCCAACGGCAAUCGGACGGCCUGCAUCCCUCGUCAGCUCGAGUUCCUCUCCUUCAACGACACCAUGGGCGUCACCCUGACCACUGUUGCCGUGUGCGGCGCUGUGGCAACGGCGGCUGUGUUUAUGCUCUUUGUGUACCACCGCCACACCCCUCUGGUGCGGGCCAACAACUCAGAGCUGAGUUUCCUGCUUCUCCUGUCACUCAAGCUCUGCUUCCUGUGUUCGUUGGUGUUCAUUGGGCGUCCCUCGGUGUGGGCGUGUCAGAUCCGCCAGGCGGCGUUUGGGGUCAUCUUUGUGCUCUGUCUCUCCUGCCUCCUUGUCAAGACCAUCGUGGUUCUGGCUGCGUUCCGCUCAGCCAGGCCCGGUGCUGGGCAGCUGAUGAGGUGGUUUGGACCUGUGCAGCAGAGAGGGAGUGUCUUCCUCUUUACCAGUGUUCAGGUGAUCAUCUGCGCCGUGUGGUUGUCGAUAAGUCCUCCCCUGCCUUACCGUGACCUAGGCCUCAAGGGGUCUAAGGUCAUCCUGGAAUGUGAGAUGGGCUCUGUGGCCGGCUUCUCUCUGGUGCUGGGCUACAUAGGCUUGCUGGCCUCUCUCUGUCUCCUCUUAGCCUUCCUUGCCAGGAAACUCCCUGACAACUUCAACGAGGCCAAGUUCAUCACCUUCAGCAUGCUGAUCUUCUGUGCUGUAUGGAUCUCCUUCGUCCCUGCCUACGUCAGCUCUCCUGGGAAGUACGCAGAUGCGGUGGAGAUAUUCGCCAUCUUAGCAUCCAGCUUUGGGCUGCUGUUCUGUCUGUUUGCUCCAAAGUGUUUCAUCAUCCUCCUGAGACCAGAGAGAAACACCAAGAAACACAUGAUGUCCAAAUAGAAACCACCAAGAAACACAUGAUGGACAAAUAGAAACCACCAAGAAACACAUGAUGGACAAAUAGAAACCACCAAGAAACACAUGAUGUCCAAUUAGAAACCACCAAGAAACACAUGAUGGCCAAUUAGAAACCACCAAGAAACACAUGAUGUCCAAAUAGAAACCACCAAGAAACACAUGAUGUCCAAUUAGAAACCACCAAGAAACACAUUAUGGACAAAUAGAAACCACCAAGAAACACAUGAUGGACAAAUAGAAACCACCAAGAAACACAUGAUGGACAAAUAGAAACCACCAAGAAACACAUGAUGGACAAAUAGAAACCACCAAGAAACACAUGAUGUCCAAUUAGAAACCACCAAGAAACACAUGAUGUCCAAUUAGAAACCACCAAGAAACACAUGAUGUCCAAUUAGAAACCACCAAGAAACACAUGAUGUCCAAUUAGAAACCACCAAGAAACACAUGAUGGACAAAUAGAAACCACCAAGAAACACAUUAUAUCCAAUUAGAAACCACCAAGAAACACAUUAUAUCCAAUUAGAAACCACCAAGAAACACAUUAUAUCCAAUUAGAAACCACCAAGAAACACAUUAUAUCCAAUUAGAAACCACCAAGAAACACAUUAUAUCCAAUUAGAAACCACCAAGAAACACAUGAUGUCCAAUUAGAAACCACCAAGAAACACAUGAUGGACAAAUAGAAACCACCAAGAAACACAUUAUAUCCAAUUAGAAAACACCAAGAAACACAUUAUAUCCAAUUAGAAACCACCAAGAAACACAUGAUGUCCAAUUAGAAACCACCAAGAAACACAUUAUAUAAUUAAACAAUCAGGAGAGGGUGUGGUAUAUGGCCAAUAUUCCACGAUUAAGGGCUGUUCUUAGGCACAACACAACAUGGAGUACUAGGACACAACCAUUAGCCUUUGUAUAUUUGCCAUAUGACACAAACCCCCGAGGUGCCUUAUUGCUAUUAUAAUUACCAAUGUAAUUAGAGCAGUAAAAAUACAUUUUUGUCAUACCCGUGGUAUAUGGCCUGAUAUACCACGGCUUUCGGCCAAUCAGCAUUCAGGGCUCGAACCAACCAGUUUAUAAUAUAGUAUACUCUUCAAUGUGUUUAGUUAAUCACAUGUAUGGUUAAACAGAACAAAUAAAGACAUUGUAUAAAACCCACUAGCACAAACUUUUCAGACAAAACCUAAACAAGUUGAUGGACACAAACUUUUCAGACAAAACCUAAACAAGUUGAUGGACACAAACUUUUCACAAACCAUCAUCAAUGGACUUGAAUUAAUUCCAUUUCUCACCUGAAAGCCAGUUCUGAAAACACACACCAAGCCAUUUAAAUUAGGUAUGUUAAUAAAAAUGUUAAUUCCUUUCACAUUUUAUGAAGUGUGUAAUUCUCUUCCCGUAUGAGACUGUUUUUAAUGACAUAAAUCUUUGCUAAGGUUCAAUAAAAACACACUCCUU